AAAAGAAAUUUUAUGUGAUUGACAUUCCCACCAUGGUUCUCUCACGCCCAACUUCAAUAGCCCACCGCUGUUUACAGUUAUCUCAAGUCCUAACCAGUCAACCAAGAACCCCUUAUCUGGAUUCCCGACCACCAUUAACAAAAACUCACGGAACUCAAAUCAUCGUCAACUAUGAUUCAGUCUUAAUCAACCUCCAUAAGCUUUCUCUCUCUGUCUAUCUCUAUACAUAGAUAUAUAAUAUGCAAUCACCCCCAAAUAUAACAGCACAAGUUUCCCCAGCUCCACUUCUCCAGCCAAAGUUACUCCAUUCCCCUUCAAAACUGCUGCAUAGUUUCUCAUCACCAAGAAAUCUGUUUCUUGGGAGAACCUCAUUUCAGGGACCAAAAAUGGCAUCUCUUUCUGGGUUUGGUUUUGGGUCACAAGCAAAAUGCUCUGCCAGUGCUAGUGGUAGUGAUAAUGGGUUCUCUACUCUCAUUGAUUAUGUGGGCAAAGGAGGAAUUGAUGUGGGAGAUGAUCUGGUGGUGUUGCUCUCUCAUAUUCAGUUUGCUUGCAAGAGAAUUGCAGCUCUUGUGGCUUCUCCUUUCAAUUCCAGCCUUGGGAAGCAGACGGGUCGGGUCGAUGGCAGCAGUGUGGCUGGUGGGUCGGAUAGGGAUGCACCUAAGCCAUUGGAUAUUGUCUCAAAUGAGAUAAUUUUAUCUUCUCUUAGAAAUUCCGGAAAAGUUGCUGUCAUGGCUUCAGAAGAAGAUAAUAAUCCAAUUUGGAUAACAGAUGAUGGACCAUUUGUGGUGGUAACAGAUCCUCUAGAUGGUUCUCGGAAUAUUGAUGCAUCUAUUCCCACUGGAACGAUUUUUGGGAUUUAUAGACGCCUUGUGGAAUUGGAUCAUCUACCCAGGGAGGAAAAGGCUCAGCUGAAUUCACUUCAGAGUGGAACUAGGCUAAUAGCUGCUGGCUAUGUUCUCUAUUCGUCAGCCACAUUAUUCUGCACCAGUUUUGGUUCAGGAACACAUGCAUUUACCCUGGAUCAUUCAACUGGAGAUUUCAUUCUCACGCAUGCAAACAUUAAAAUUCCAACACGAGGACAAAUCUAUUCUGUAAACGAUGCACGAUAUUUUGACUGGCCUGAAGGGUUAAGAAAAUAUAUAGACAAUGUGAGGCAAGGGAAAGGUAGAUAUCCGAAAAAGUAUUCGGCUCGUUAUAUCUGUUCUCUGGUAGCUGAUCUUCAUAGGACUUUAUUGUACGGUGGAGUUGCAAUGAAUCCAAGGGACCAUCUUCGUCUAGUAUACGAAGCAAACCCUCUUAGCUUUCUUGUGGAACAAGCUGGAGGAAAAGGUUCUGAUGGUAAAAAUAGGAUUCUUUCAAUUCAACCAGUCAAGCUGCAUCAGAGGCUGCCUCUGUUUUUGGGGAGUUCAGAGGACAUAGACGAGUUAGAGAGUUAUGGAGAUGUACAGCAGAAAGUGAACCCUGGAUAUGAAGUUUAAUGCUAUGCUUAUAAGCCAGAAAUUCCAGUGAAGAUGUUAUGAAUGAACAUGGGAUUGUUUUAUGCUUAAGGUUCUCAUUGUGGUCCUCAAAUUCCUUAAUGCAUUUACAUUCCCGCUUGUAGGGGUUUUAACUGUCCAAAUUAUCUUCCUUCUUUUUUGUGUUUUUUUUUUUUUGUUUUUGUUUUUGUUUUUUUUGUUUGGGUCCCCAUCUCAUCUCAGGCUCGUCAGCAAUCUACAUUGGAAUGAAGAGUUUUGGAAUGGAAAAAUCAUGUGAUGUAUCAUAUCUUGUUUCUUUUCUUUUUUAUAUUCUGUACUUUUACGUGUAAAUUGCACUCAAUGUCAAUAAAUGUGCUAUUUUAUA